UUAGUCGACUCUCCUCUAUCACCAUUUAAAUAACUAAAGAAGACUGACAUGUGUUCAAAUAUACAAGGAUUUCUCAUUGUUCAAUCAUCAUACUGAAAGGUGCUAAAGUUCUUUUGGUUCAAGAUGAACACCACUAAAGUUUUUGGAAAGUUAUGUGCUAGUGUGGUGUCAAACGCAACAAGAGACCUAAUUUGUGGACCGGAAUUUGUUCUCGGAGCAGAUCUUUGCCUGAGCUCAGCUGUGAUUAUGUUCACAGUUGCUAGUGUGACUAUAGUAGGAAACCUUCUUCUGCUGUUGACAAUUCGCCGAAAUCACCGCCGUCUUUUUCGCACUCCUUCCACUUUCUUGAUUGCGAAUCUCGGCGUUUCAGACUUGCUCAUUGGAUUGCUUGUUGGGUACUUUGUCGUUGUGCGAGACACUCAUCGUUAUAUGCAGCAAGAGGUGCCCGACUUCAUCCGAGUGGUUAUCGAAGUUUUCGAAGCGCUGACAUUGUUUAUCACUGGUUGCACCAUCAUCGCAUUGUCGGCGGAUCGAUACAUCGCCGUGUCAGACCCGAUGGGGUAUCGAUCGACGGUUACCAAGAAACGAGUAAAGAUUUUCAUAAUGAUGGUUUGGAUCUCUUCAGUUUUACUGUGUUCUUUACCAUUGACUGGUCUUGAUAAGAAAAUUUACAGUAUUGUCUAUCUACACACGCAUGCGACAGUUCCUAUAUUAUUGCUGACGGCAAUCUGCAUUAAGAUCUUUCGAGCUUUGAAGCUUCAUCGACGAGAAAUGGAAACGUUGCAGGAUUCUCCGAUGAACAGAAGGCGAGAAAUGGCGAGAGAACGAAAAAUGUCUCAUACAGUGUACAUAAUUUUAACCCUGUUUUAUUUAACUUUGAUUCCAGCUUAUAUCACGAUUCACAUUGGAUGUUGGUACAAAGGUUCUGAUUUAUAUUUAAGAUCAGUUUUUCGGUUGGCCGACUUUUUCUCGACAAGGUUUCUGUUUCUAAACUCGGCGAUCGAUCCAUAUGUUUACGCAUGGAGGAUUCCGAAAUAUCGUCAAGGUUUCAUGAAAAUAAUUUCUUUCAGGAGGCAACGACCAAAAACAGAAAUAACUUGUAGGAGCCACGAGCAAACUUUAAAACAAAGUGCGACAACCACGUUAACCUGUAAAAACUCGUUACAAUGCGGGAAAAUUGUUGUUGAAUGUCAUUCAAAUUAUGGAGAACCUCAAACAACUCACUUCUAAAACAAUGGAGGGUUAACAGCGGUUAACAUUGUUGAUAACAGAAUAUUGUAAAUACUGCUUGUGAGGACAUGAUGUAAUGUUUUAUUUAAAGCUUUUAAAGCUAUACUCAACCCUUGGAGGACAAUGAAAAUGUAUGUAUGUAUGUAUGUAUGACAAGCACGACUGUGUUGUAAAGAUUAAAAAGCCACUCACCAUGCUUACUGUAUCAGUCUGUAUGUGAAUUAUUGGAGAAGCCUGAUCGCACGGAGAAAAGGUAAGAUAUAAAGAUUAAAGAAGUGACGCUUGUGCCACUGAAGGUCACGGAAGCCUGACCGAAAACGUUUUAAUAUUAGGAAAGUUUAUUUCCAGUCAUCAUCCUCUUAUGCAGACUUCCUAUGGCACGUCACGCAAUCUUGGGGAGGAAAAAUCGCGUGAACAAACGAUUGGGUGAACAGCCAGAGAUCCGGACUUCGAUGUUUAGAAAUUUUAAGCCUUUGAGGAUAUGUAAAAUGAAAUAGAGACUUUGAAUAUAAAGAGAUUUUAAGAGCAUAAGGCGGGGGGAGGGGGGGAACUUCAUUUAGAAGGAGUGCUUAAUAGAGAGAGGGAUCGUGACGGGGGUCAACCUAAAAACACACCAUUUUUUCAAACUUUUUUUGAUGGUUUAGAUUUAAUUCCAAACCAUGGCAAAGUAUACAUUUUUAGAAAGCUUUAAUACCAAAGAUUAUGAAUAGAAAAGGCACCGCGAAAACUCCUGCUGUGCUGCGGUCAACUUAAAAAAAAAACGUGACCGGGUGGCUCUAAACUUGAGC